UUUAGAUAAUAUAUAAUUAUUAAUUUUAAGAAAAUCUUUAUUUUAAAUGUUCCUAAGAUAGUUUAUUAAAUAAUCUCAUUGUUUAAGGUCAAUUAGAGUUGGACUCUUAAAGAAUUAGACCAAAUACCUUAUUUCAAAUAGAAAUAGAUUCUAACAUGCAUAAAUCUUUAAAAAUUUAUAAAACUUAGCUUGUUUCCGUAUGAGCAGUAGCUAAUAGCAAAAUGAUGAUGAUCAAGAAUUAAUGAAAUUUAUUAGGCAUUAAAAGAUGAAAUUAUAAAUGGAUAUGGAAUUCUUAACUUCAACAAUAGUGGAAGAAAGAUGUUAUAACUUAUAUCCUAUUAUUAUUGAAAGUGGUAGUUCAUAAGAUUGCUUUGAACUUGGGUAAAUUAUGCACAACUAUGUUUAAAAAAUGGAAUAAAAGUAAGAAGAUCAAUAAAAGAUAAUCCAAAGCGUCAAUCUUAAAACUAUUAAGUGUUAUGGACACAUAAUAGUCGCUUUUGGCCAUCUCAAAAACGAUAACAAUGAAUUAGCAGAUUAAGAAUUGAGUAAAAUGCAAGCUGAAUUCUAAAGCUUUGAGUCAAAAAUUUAAUAUCAUUAGAAAUUUCUAAUUGUUUGUCAUAUAGUUAGUAUCUUAUCUCUAGCAGAAAAAGAAGAAAAGUGUCUUUUUUUAGUAAGAUAUAUCUUUAAUUAGUUACAAAGUGCUUUCAAAGAUUUAGAUUUGCUCGAUGAAGGUCAGUACGAAAUAGCUUUUAAAAGCAUUCACUUUUAUAUUUUGAGUUUAAUUUAAAAGAAAAAGGAUGACAUGUUAAAAUAAAUAAUAGAAGAAAGUUAAUUUUUAAAUAUUGAAUACUUGUAUAACAAUUCAGUGCCUAUUGCAUUCUCUUCAGCAGGUCAUAUAUUUAGUUGUAUUGGAUUCUACUUUUAACAAAAUGGAGAUAAGCUAACAGCAUACAGAUAUUUAAAAUUCUCAGCUGAUAUAUUUGAAUAGAUUGAAGGAAAAGACUCUGAAAAUUUCAAAUACAUUAAAAGCUAAAUAGAUUCUUUCAAAUGAUUCCAGAUAUAUAUUAUUCAUACAUUCAUUCAUUAUAAGUGUUUUUUAUGUUUUUCCUAAAUAAAUUGAAUAAUAUUCACUAAAUGUUAACUAAACAUAAGAUCAUCUUUGAUUUUUUAUAAACUUAAAAAAAGCUA